AGCUUUCGGACGCAGCCAGAUUUCAGGCACAUGAUCACCAAUCUUCCGGAAGUGACGUAAAAGCCGCCGCGCCGAAGUGGAUUUUGGGACAUCGUGCCAUAUUGACACACGACAGAAAUGGACGCGGGGUUUUUCCGCGGCACCAGUGCGGAGCAGGAUAACCGCUUCAGCAACAAACAUAAGAAGCUGUUGAAGCAGCUGAAGUUUGCAGAAUGUCUGGAGAAGAAGGUGGAUAUGACCAAGGUCAACCUGGAAGUCAUCAAGCCCUGGAUCACCCAACGCGUGACUGAGAUCCUUGGCUUUGAGGAUGACGUUGUCAUCGAAUUUGUCUUCAACCAGCUGGAGGAAAAGAACCCGGAUGGGAAGAUGAUGCAGAUUAAUUUGACAGGGUUUUUGAACGGGAAGAACGCUCGAGAAUUCAUGAAGGACCUCUGGCCGCUGUUGCUAAGUGCCCAGGAGAACAUCGCAGGUAUCCCGUCUGCUUUCCUGGAGCAAAAGAAAGAGGAGAUCAAGCAGAGACAGAUUGAACAGGAGAAACUUGCCUCUCUGAAAAAAAUAGAUGACGAUAAAAGGGAGAAGGAGAUCAAAGAGCGAGCUCAGUCAAAAAGCCCUAAACGGAGGAAGUCUCGCUCCCCUGUGAAGCGUGACCGUAAAUCCAGUCCCUCUCGCUCUCCUCGCCGAAGACCGAGCCCGGCUGCCUUGCCUCCUUCUAGUCCGCCCAGUAAUAAAGAAGAACCAAAGCAAGAACCGGACCAAUCAGAGAGCUCCAAACCAGAGCCUCUCAUUGAGGAGGCUUCCUCUACAAGUGAUCUGGUGGUUGAGAUGAAGCCGGACUCCGUGUCUGAGGCUGUGAAAGAGCCCUCUCCAGACAAAACGUCAAAAUCAGAAGACAGGCCCAAACCCAGAGACAGGGACAGAGAUAAGGAUGGACGGAGAGAUCGCCCGCGCCACCGCUCUCGCUCUCGAUCACCUCGAUCUCGCAAACGACCUCGGUCCCGCUCUAGGUCGUUCUCUCCUCGCCGCAGAAGUCCCAGGAGGCGAAUCUCUCCGAGACGUAGGAGCCCCCCUAGACGGCGACCUCCCUCUAGACACAGACGUAGCCGUUCACCUGUCCGCAGGCGGCGCUCUCGCUCCCGGUCCUCCACAGGCAGCUCCUCCUCUCGGUCACCCCAUAAGAGAGCAGGGAAGCGUAGGUCAGCUACACCGCCCAGAAAACUUCCACGCCGCUUAGACCCCGUCAGCCCCUCCAGAAGACGAGGCCGCAGUCCUUCAGGACCAGACACCAGCCCUUCAGCUGUGAAGCACAGGCCUGGUGGAAGAAAUGACACUCCUUCUCCAAAACCCAGACGGUCUGAUGCAUCAGAGUCUGAAGAGGAGAAGGUGGGCAAAGGGUCAACAGCAGAUUCUGUCCAGCAGCGUCGUCAGUAUCGGAGACAGAAUCAGCAGUCCUCUUCAGACACUGGUUCAUCCUCUUCCUCUGAAGAUGAAGGUCCAAGGAGGCAAAAUAGAGGGGCAGGUGCCAGGAAUGGAGAAAUCAGAAGGCGGCGGAGCCAUUCACCUGCAUCACCACGGAGGCGACACAGAGAUGUAUCCCCAAGAAAGAGACGUUCUCCAUCACCUGCUGGCCGUAGACAUCGUUCACCGUCUCCUGUUCGCCGCCGCAGGUCACCCUCUCCUCCCCCAAGGCGCAGAUCUCCAUCUCCACCUCAUCGGCGUUUCACUCCUCCCAUCCAGCGCAGAUACAGUCCCUCCCCUCCCCCAGCUCAAAAAAGACGCUCAUCAGGGUCUCCUCCCAAGCGUAGAAGGUCUCCAUCCCCUGUAUCCAAGAAUAGAGGGUCUCCUUCACCUGUGUCCAAGAGGAGAGGAUCUCUUUCACCCGUUUCAAAACGCAGAGGUUCUCCUUCACCCUUGUCCAAGAGGAGAGGGUCUCCUUCACCCGUUUCAAAACGCAGAGGUUCUCCUUCACCCAUGUCCAAACGCAGAGGGUCUCCAUCACCUGUGUCCAAGCAUAGAGGGUCUCCUUCACCUAUGUCCAAACGCAGAGCGUCUCCCUCGCCAGUGGCCAAGCGCAGGGCAUCUCCUUCGCCAGUGACCAAGCGCAGGGCAUCUCUCUCACCAGUGGCGAAGCGUAGAGGAUCGCCCUCCCCUUUGGCCAAACGUCGCUCCUCUCGAUCCCCCAAACGGAACCGUGGCACUGUGAAGCACAGGCCUGGUGGAAGAAAUGACACUCCUUCUCCAAAACCCAGACGGUCUGAUGCAUCAGAGUCUGAAGAGGAGAAGGUGGGCAAAGGGUCAACAGCAGAUUCUGUCCAGCAGCGUCGUCAGUAUCGGAGACAGAAUCAGCAGUCCUCUUCAGACACUGGUUCAUCCUCUUCCUCUGAAGAUGAAGGUCCAAGGAGGCAAAAUAGAGGGGCAGGUGCCAGGAAUGGAGAAAUCAGAAGGCGGCGGAGCCAUUCACCUGCAUCACCACGGAGGCGACACAGAGAUGUAUCCCCAAGAAAGAGACGUUCUCCAUCACCUGCUGGCCGUAGACAUCGUUCACCGUCUCCUGUUCGCCGCCGCAGGUCACCCUCUCCUCCCCCAAGGCGCAGAUCUCCAUCUCCACCUCAUCGGCGUUUCACUCCUCCCAUCCAGCGCAGAUACAGUCCCUCCCCUCCCCCAGCUCAAAAAAGACGCUCAUCAGGGUCUCCUCCCAAGCGUAGAAGGUCUCCAUCCCCUGUAUCCAAGAAUAGAGGGUCUCCUUCACCUGUGUCCAAGAGGAGAGGAUCUCUUUCACCCGUUUCAAAACGCAGAGGUUCUCCUUCACCCUUGUCCAAGAGGAGAGGGUCUCCUUCACCCGUUUCAAAACGCAGAGGUUCUCCUUCACCCAUGUCCAAACGCAGAGGGUCUCCAUCACCUGUGUCCAAGCAUAGAGGGUCUCCUUCACCUAUGUCCAAACGCAGAGUGUCUCCCUCGCCAGUGGCCAAGCGCAGGGCAUCUCCUUCGCCAGUGACCAAGCGCAGGGCAUCUCUCUCACCAGUGGCGAAGCGUAGAGGAUCGCCCUCCCCUUUGGCCAAACGUCGCUCCUCUCGAUCCCCCAAACGGAACCGUGGCAGUAGUCCAGGAAAAAGACGUACUCCGCCCACUUCUGCUUCGCCUCCACCCCGCCACCGUAGAAGCUCUCCAAAUCCCUCUGCAGCCCAACGGGGCAGAGAUGCCCGCUCCUCUCCCCCUGCCCAUGCUACUCGAGUGUCUUCCAGUCCUCCGGCUCGAUACGGACCCUCGAGUUUAUCCCCGCAGAGACAAAGACGUCAGACGUCCCCGUCUCACAGCACCAGACCCAUUCGCAGGGUUUCCCGCACACCAGAACCACGCAAAUCUCAGAGAGGUUCUCAGAGCCCCCAGCCUGUAAGGAGACAGGUUUCACAUUCACCAUCUGCUUCUCCUCCUCCUCCUCCUCCUCCCACGGCUCACAAGCGACCUGCUUCAGUCUCACCCUCUCGCUCUGCGAGCCGUUCUCCACCUCCACCUGCCAAAAAGAACAGCAGUGUCUCCCCGAGCCCAUCACCUAACAAGAACUCAGAUGUAGAAGGUGGUAAGAAGAAGAAAAAGAAGAAAGAGAAGAAACACAAGAAAGAGAAAAAACACAAGAAGCAUAAGAAACAGAAGAAGGAGAAGAGUGGAGAAGAAAAGAGCGGAGGGGUGGCAGGAGCACACGGACAGGAAGCAGAGCCAGACUCUGACCAGAAAAAGGAAUCAGAGAGUGAAGUAGAAGACAGUUUGGAUGAUCUGGAGAAGCACCUACGUGAGAAAGCUCUCCGCUCAAUGAGGAAGGCCCAGAUGUCUCCAUCUCAGUCCUGAGGGAAUAUCUACCACACCCUACAUUUCCCUCUUUUUCUUCCACUCUCUGCAUUUUAAAUGUUUGAUGUUGGUUCAGCUUUAGAAUGUACAAAUUGUUAAAAUUCACCCUAGACUUUUGUUUGUUUGGAUUUUUUUGGGAAUGUUUAUUGCUGAGGAGUUUUAUGAUGUGAAAAUGAUUGAGCAGCUGAAGCUUCUUGAUCAGAAUUUGUCCUUCUCCAACCUUAAAUACUGUCAACGACUGUUUAUCCAAAAACAAACCUUUUUUUAGUCCCCAAGCCCUCUUCAUGAUUCCUGUUGCUUUUAUGGUCAUGAUGAAGCAAGCUUAUUUGCUGUUCUGAGUUAACAAUGUACAAGUUGGCCUAUGGAUUCUCGCUUCACUUCAGCAGGACUUUUUACGAGCGUUUUGUUUGCAUGGACGGCAGACCCGAGCGUGUUUGUCCUCUAGUGUGCAUGAUCCAUAAACUAAAACACCCAGAGAGCUGAUCCAGCAGGCUGCUCUCUGUUCAUCUGAGCAUUGUGGCAAUGCUCCAGAGCUCUACUGUGCACAUGAGAACAAAUUAGAAAAGUCUGUUUUCAUUCUUUAUUUUUGCUUUAUAUUUUUUGUAACCUAAGUUGUGUUUGGAAUUGUUGAUCCCUGCAGUAAUUUCUGGCUUUGAACAGUCACAUUAAAAUGAAAGAAAAUA